UCAUACUUCCAAAUAAAGUAUAUCUGAAAAGAGGUGGAAGAAUCAAGAUGGUGGCCCUCUGAAAAGGCUAUUCACAGGAAAACAAAACUGUUGAUGGUUCAGAGGCUUUGAUUUUGACAAUAAUCUUUUGCAAAAGAGAUUAGUUGUAGAAAAUGAAGGGCCAAGCGUGUAUGGUUUUGAUUUCCGUGUGGUUGUCUUGCGUUGAUGGGGAAUUUAUCAAGAUGUGUUACUACAGCGCAUGGGCGAUCUAUCGGGACGGCUCCCAGGCCCUUACCCCCGAGGACAUUGACGCCCAUCACUGCACCCACCUGGUCCUGGCUUACGCCACCAUAGACGACACGGGGAAAAACCUCAAAUUCCCGGACACCUACGAAAACAUGCAUCUGCCCGAGAGGCUGAAUGAUAUGAGGGACCACAAGGACGACCUGAACAUGGUCCUGUCGGUGGGAGGGUGGAUGAUGGACAGCGAGGCGUGGUCAAACGUGGUCAGGGACAAGGAAUCCAUGGAUACCUUCACCGCAAACGCCAUAACAUUCCUCCGCUUCCACGACUUUGACGGGAUAGAUCUGGACUGGCAGUACCCGGCAUUUAGAGGAAGCUCCCACGAGGAUCAGGCGAGACUAGUGGAGUUCUGUGGGCGUUUUCGACAUGGAAUCGAGACUGAGUCGGAACCUGAUAGUAAGUGGCACCUGUCGUUUUCGUUGUCUGUCGACCCCUCGGCCCAUCGAGUGAUGUACUCCUACGACCUCAAAAGAUUAGCCAAGGAGGUCGACUUUUUCAACCUGAAGACUUAUGACCUUCACGGUCACUGGAGCGAGCCCCUAACUGCUGACCAUCACAGUCCACUGGUAGGCGGGGACGAGCUUAGCCCUGAGCCCAAGGACAGCGUGAACGAGCUGGCAAAGGAAUGGGUAAUGUCCGGAGUUCCGGCGAGCCAGAUUGUCAUAGGUCUGGCUUUCUACGGCCGUUCCUUCAAACUGAAGAGCGCUAACUACUCCUUCCCUGGCGCCCCUGCCGUAGGUCCGGGCUCAGACGGAGGAGAAGGGAUACCUGUUAACAAAAUUUGUCACUUGAUACGUGGUGGUGUGGAAGAAAAGUACAUUCCAGAAAAACGAGUGCCUUAUUACGUCAUUGAUGACGAAUGGGUCGGGUUCGACAAUCCAAGAAGCAUUAGGGAAAAAGCUCAAUUAGUUGCCAAAAACCACUUGGGUGGCAUAGCGAUGUGGACGAUGGAUCAGGACGACCACCGCGGGGUGUGUGGGGAAAAAUGGCCGCUUAUGUUUGCGAUUAUUCACGGUCUCGGUCCUCUGGAAUACGUGAGCUAUGUGUCUGCAAAACACGAAUCUCUCAGGGAAUUGGUGAAUAAGAAAAUCAUACACGCUAACGCACAGUUUGCCUAUUAUUCUGAAGCGUUUGACAGUAGAAAUGCCAGGAAAUGGGAACAGAAGUUAGCUGUUCUAACGACGAAACUUGCGGACAUGCAGGCCCAGCAGUCCGUGUUCUGGGCCAAAGUACAAGGGGCGGCAACUCGUGGGGGUAGUCCCAUGCCACCCAUUGACAAACCGUCCUGGACUAUGUGAUUGGUUAUCAGUCUAUUAUUGUUCAAAGUUGUCUUUCACUGGAUUUAAUACGCAUAUUGUCUCUGCUUUGUGUGAAUGUGUUUGUUAAUAUAUUAUAAAAAACAAUAAAAAUGAAAAACAGACUAUACAAACAUUUUCUAUGCCAGAGUCAUAGAAGCAUAUAUUCAAGCGUUAAAAUCAUUAUAAGUAGUCAACUUAAUGCAUAAUUCAAGUUAUGUGGUAUAAUCAAGGCAUCCAGAUUUCUUUUUUUCCUGACUUAUACACAUGCAUAUCGCAUAAUUAUUUACAAUGUUCAGAAAAAUAUUUCAUGUACUUGUUCCGAUUUUGUUUCAGUUUUUUAAUAAAUUGUUAAAUCUG